AAGGAGGAGGAUAAUUAAAUAGAUCCUAACUAGCUGCUCCUCAGAAACGACGCCGUCUUGAUCUGACUGCAACUCCAGACAUUUGCCCUCGCUCUGUGUCUACUUUCUCAUCGACCAAACAUCGAAAUGCCUUCUGCUAAACCCUUCACCUCAGCCGCGGGCGCCCUCCGAAACCGCCUUCUCCCCAGCCUCCGCACAAGAGGCGGUGGCGAAUCAGGCCCAAGUCGGUGGACAAGCCCCGGCCAUCAGGAUCGCCCGAAUGGCUACCUAUUCAACCGGACUCCGCUACCACCCGGACAGACGCGACAAUGGGAAGAUUGGGAACUUCCUUGCUACGUCACCUCAUUCCUCACUGUCAUCAUCCUUGGCGUUGGCCUCAGUGCCAAGCCCGAUCUCACCAUCGAAACUUGGGCUCACCAGAAAGCUCUUGAACGCCUCGCUUCCGAGUCAUCUGGAUCCGAGUGAUUUCAAAUCGGGGCUCGGAUAAUUGGGCUUUCCCCACUCCAUCGAUGGGCUGGUCAUGGUGAUUAUGUUGAUAUGAUGUGGUUCAAUAAGGGUUUCAACUCUUGAAAAUUUGGUACCUUUUAGAGAUUUGUUUCUGUAUUUUUACUGUUAACUUUUGGAUUCUUUCAAGAAUCCUGUUUCAAGAGGUUUAAGAUUUUCUUGAUUGAA